GACAAACAACCUGGCAGUGAACAUUCAAUGUUUGGUAUUACAUGUUUACGGUUCAAAUAGAUAAAUAUUUCAUAGAAACCAAAUAUUAAUCCUUCUGUGACGUUAUGUUAAUUACAUAAAUGAACUAUACCUUAGAUACCAAUCGUCUGUCACUCUGUGACGUUAUGUUUUUAUUUCAUUUUUGUGCGUCACUGAAUCGUCAUGACGUCAUUUCGAGCUACGGAUGUUAGUUUCCUGCGCCUUGUUUUAAUACGCUUCUGUACGAAAGAGUGCUACAGAUAAAGUAUUUUGUUUGACUUUAUUUAAAAUAUUAUUCAUAAAAUCUGGCAUGCAAGAAAAAUAGUCUACCACUGUUUGUAGAUGCAACCAGUUACCACAAAAAGUAGCCCUCGAACCAGAUAAUCUUAUCUGCAGCCAGAUCGUAGUAAUAUGUCACUGUGUGACGUUAUGUUAUGUCAGAUAGAUGAAUAUACCAAAGAUUCCAAUCACAUGUCACCUUUUGACGUUGAGUUAUUUCACAUUGAUGAACAUAUAUCAUUUGUCACCCCAUGACGCUGUGUUAUUUCGCAUAGGUGGAUAUACCCUAUAUACCAGUUAUUCGGGAAUGACUCAGACAUUAUGAAGCGUACCACUUCAGUUGAAUAUAAAAACUCUUUUAACAAGGAAAUUGCUAUAUCUUUCGGUUUCUCAUCUUAAUGUUAACUCACGAUAGAGCAUUUUAUUAUUUACCGGUUUACUAUCAUUAUGGAGAAACUAUUAUAUCGGUAAUCGUGUUAUUAUACCAAUUUGACGUAUAACGAAAUUCGCGAAGUUUUUCUGUUUAUCUGAUAUAUAAUGGAAACUGCCGUAAACGAUGGAACAAGGCAAGAAAGCACCCAAGAUCUUGGCGCUGCGAAAAAAAACUCCAAACUUCAGAUACUGCAAGAUGUACAGCCGACACAAUUCCAGAAUUAUUUCGAAACAAGUACUGAUAUAGACACAAAACAAGACAUUGCCGGAGAAGUACGUAUGAAGCCAAACAUGCAUUGUGACACCAGACAGUCAGUUUCAUUAUUAUCUGGGAACAAACGGCAGCUGAAAGUUUUUGACAGUAACGUGCAAUCUAAACAGACUGUUGCUGCGAUCAAGCCAGUUGUAAGAACAGAAAGUGUUGAUAGGGAAAACCAAAACAAUAUGGAAGACGGACAGCCAUCUUCAGAGCGGCGCAAUAUAAGACAUUGCGACCGGGAGUUUAAAGAUGAAAUAGCAUUGCCUUGUAUCAAGAUUGACCUGCUUGUACUGGGUAGAUUUAACGCCAAACACGAAACAGAAAACACACAAAUAUCUUAUAACAGAAAUGAAAAGAAAGUCAUUUUCAAGACAAGGUCUUUUGACGAACUGAAAGUACUCAAGCUUAAAAUGUACGAGUGUCUAGACAGAGUCGUGUCUGACGUAAAGACAUUGACUGAACAACGUUAUCAACUCCUUUGUCGUCCCAACUGUCUAGGAAACAUACAAUCAAAGAGUGAAGAACUGGAAAAUAUAAGGGUGUUAUAUCAAUGUGACAAAAACAGAAAAGCUAUUAGAUGUUUUGCAUUCACUGAAAGAGAGGCUCGUAAAGGUAUUCAACUUCUCGAAGAAGAGAUUACACAAUUAAAGAUACAUAUAAAGCCUUCCCAACUCCAGUGCCUUAGUAACACUACCUGGAUAUCUUUAAAGAAGUAUUUAGACGUUGACUUGACGAGCGUGUUUGUAGCUGAAAAUGGGGAGACCAUUGUGGUUGAGGGUCUGAUAGAACAGGAGGCGACAACAGCAUAUCAUGUCAUUAUUCGAUACCUGAAAGACAACAUGAAAGUCAAACAAGUUUCAACCAUUUUGGAGUCAUCAAAAGCCAGAUGUUUUCAAACACGAUUUGAGAACAAAUUACGCCACAAAAUGCAAAUGAAAGGGGGAAAACUUGACGUUGUUACAUUGUCAGAAGGUCCUUUGAAACUGCAAGUUUCGGUGGAAGAAGAAUCUAUCGCCGACGAAUUAAACCAAGUUGUUGCUCUAAUUUGGCAGGAAAACAUUGAUAUAAGGAGCAUUUCAUCUCAAGCCGACGAUGUCUGGCUUCUAACGAAGGGGCUCGAAAGUCUUACAGGGAAAGAAUUUGUGUCAAGAUUCGAACAAACACACGCGUGCUUUGUGGAUGUGUCUGUUGUUGAAGAGAAUUUAGGCUGGAAUUCAUGCGGUACUAUUGAUGAUUUUAAUGAUUAUGACGAACAAGUCUUUCAAGAUGACACCUUCACUUUGUCUGAUGUCACAUGCAAUACACAUAUACCUGAGAAAUUCAAAUAUUCUGAGAGAGUUAAUAACCGCAGUAGAGGAAAAUCCGAAGGAGCGAAAUUUCGACACUAUCAAGCCGGAAUGAGCGAGGAGGAAGCCCUACAGAUGGCGCUUGAGCAGUCAGUUCAGAGUGCAAAUAUGGAAGAAUGCGAUAUAAAAGACACUGGAAACGUCCGGCCUGACUGGAAUACCAGCGUUGAAAACAAUACAGCGAUGUUACAGCCAGGUUUUCGUGCUGUUUACACCUUUAAAUAUGGAGAAGUAGAUAACCGCAGUGUAUAUUUGAAUGAAUGUACUCCUGCGUGUGAAACCAAACCAUCGACAAGUACUUGUAAUGCGGCACCGCAAACCAGAAGUCAAGAAUGCCUAGAUAAAACGCCAGAUAAUUUCAAAUCCGAACGAAUGUCGAGAAAUCUUUACAUGUUCAGAACGAAGGUUCAGCUCAUUCAAGGUCAAAUUAUACAACAGCAGGCAGAUGCAUUGGUAAACGUGAUGAGUUGGACAGAGAGCUCUUUUGAUGGUUCUAUUCCUAAAUCAUUUUUGGACGCAGGCGGUGAAAUGUUGUUGCAGAUGUAUGAAUGUGUCGAGUCUACAUCCACAGGCGCUGUUGUAGUAACAUGUUCAUCAGGACAACUUCAGCAUAAAUGUUCAACAAUAUUCCAUGUAAAAUUGAAGAAUGAUAUCCCUUAUAAAAAGAUGGUAUGUCAGGCAGUUUCCGAAAUUUUUGAUGAAUGUGGAAACUGGGAUUGUAAAUCUGUAGCCAUGCCACCGAUUGGUGUCGAUAAGGUGUGCAGAUACCCUCCAGCUGAUGUCGCUGAAACAAUGCUAACAGAGAUAGGUCAACAACUGCAAGUUGGAAACAGUAAAAUAAAGACCAUUUUGCUGGUGGUGAAUGAUGACGCAACGUACAUGGUAUUUGACGAAGUUAUCCAAACAUACAAGCAAUCGUCUGUGUACGACAAUCAACAAGCGUUUCAGCAAAACUCAAAAGAUAUUACAUCAAAGAGAAAAGAGAAAUCUUCUGGUUCCCAAUUCAGCGAUUAUAUAUCAGUCUCAAACACUUUUCCUGACCGGACAGUUUUGUUGAAACAUAAAUCGACCAAUGUAUCAUCGAAAGGCAGGACAUGUGAUAACAGAUCUAAUACUAGAAGGACUGGUUCCAAGGCACGUGAUUCCAAGGCACAUGAUAGAAGAUCGGGCAAUGCAGUCAGGCAUAAUAUUCACCACAAGGGAAAGAAAAGACAUGACACAGCCAGAAGGUUGAAACAACUUUCCGAAGAAACUAAUGUCCUGGACAUGUCAGGAGUGUGUAAUAGGGACGCUGAAGAUGUCGAUGACCCAACACCUUGCUUGAACGUAACCAUUACUGCUGAAAACAAGGAUAUCUGUAUGAAAGCAAGAGAAGCGUUUGAAAACAGAGUAAAAGAGGAAUUUCUCCAUGAAGAAAUAGUUGAAAAGAAACAUAAUUUAAGUGACAAGGCAAAACAUGUCAUUGGGGAGAUUGUAACAACAAACGACAUAAAAUCCAUAGAAGGGAAAGACUAUUACAUAUUGAGAGGACAUGAAGGAAUGGUAAGAAAAGCGUGUACAGAAAUUCGAAAAAUAGUUAUAGAGGAGAAUAGUAGUAUGCUCGGGGGAAAGACAAGACAUAGCGGCAUACAAAGAGACACACAUGAAUACAUUGAAGCCAUGAUGGAUUAUGAACCAGAAGUACCAAAAUAUUGGAUGAAUUACAAACAGGGAAAAUCGUUAUCGUCGUUACUUGUUUCAGCGAAACAUUUUGUAACUAGAAGUAAGUUCGAGUUAGUCGAGCUAGGACCCGGCAGACACGCAUUUUCUUCUAUUAUUAAAAUGAUAAAUGCAACAUUUGAUCCCAGUUUAGUGGGACAAGGUAAAGAUGCAGAGGGGCUCGAUGGAUUUGAGUACAAGAAACUGUUUGUAUUGAAAAUUGAAAGGGUAGAAAACCUUGAUUUGUAUGAGGUGUUCUCGAGAAAGCGUCAGACAUUUUAUCGCCGGCUGUACAAAUCCGGAGACCUGAGGUUUCCAAAAAUAGAAGAUAUGCCGAAAUGCUCUGGUAGCAUAGCAAUUUCCAGUUAUGUACAUCCUGCUUUGGAUCAAGAUGUACACUCCGAGAUAAACGAAUUCCUGCUUUUUCAUGGCACCAAGGAAGAAAAUGUGAUAACUAUUUGCAAUGAUGGCCUUGAUCCAAGAAUUAGCAAUGGGGACUCUAUGUUUGGGCCAGGUAUAUAUGCAGCUGAAAGUGCGACAAAAGCUGACCAAUAUGCAGAUGAUAAAGGACGGCGCUCAGCAGGAAAGGGUAACACCAAAAAGAUGUUCCUCAUACGUAUGGUUCUAGGUAACAGUCACAUCUGCACUAAGAAAAAUCCAAACAAAUUUCGGAGACCACCAUGUACAACGUGCAUCAAGGAUGACUGCAAGAAUGCAGGACAUGCUGGGAAAUUUGGACAUGCCUACGAUUCUGUAGUGGGUGACAACAAGAAGCUGUUCCGAGAAUUUAUCGUUUAUGACAGCAGUUUAUGUUACCCGGAAUACUUGAUAACGUAUGAGAGACGUUAAAGUGACUCGUUCAAACUAUUUGGGUACAAAUGCUAUCGUUUAAAACUGGUUUUAUGCAUAAUUGUCAGUUUUUGCUUCUCAGUGUCACAUGACCUUUCUAUACCGAUUCUGGGUAAAAAUAGAGCGUCCUCCUUUUUACACAGAAUCGGUAUAGAAAGGUCAUGUGUAAGGUCUGUGUAAAAAGGAGGAUGCUCUAUUUUUACCCAAAUUGUUAAAAAGAAGCUUUAACCAUGAUAGUAAUCUUGACAGGAACUGUGGAAAAAAUAACUUUAACCUUGAGAGUGAUGGAAGAACUGCUAAAGAUUAGCUCUAACAAGAGUGUGAGAGGAACAAUUAAAGAGAAAAAAGCCUUAACCUUGAGAGUGGGAGAGAAAGUGUUAAAAGAGUAUUCUUUAACCUUGAGAGAGUAGUAGUGAAACUGUUAAAGAAUAGCUUUUACCUUGAAAGUGGGAGAAAAACUAUUAAAGCUAAGCUUUAACCUUAGCUUAAGCCUUGAAAGUGAAAGAGACACUUUAACAUUGGGAGUGGGAGAUAAACUGUUAAAAAGAAACUUUCAUCUUGAGAGUGAAAGAGAGACUGUUAAACAGUAGCUUUAAUAAUCUACAGAGUUAGAGAGAAACUGAUAAAGAGAAUCUUAAACCUUUUGUGAAUGAUGGAUAAAUUGUAAUAGAGAAACAUUAAUCUUGAGAGCGAAAGAGAGACUGUUAAACAGUAGCUUUAAUAAUGUACAGAGUUAGAGAGAAACUGAUAAAGAGAAUCUUAAACCUUUUGUGAAUGAUGGAUAAAUUGUAAUAGAGAAACAUUAAUCUUGAGAGCGAAAGAGAGACUGUUAAACAGUAGCUUUAAUAAUGUACAGAGUUAGAGAGAAACUGAUAAAGAGAAUCUUAAACCUUUUGUGAAUGAUGGAUAAAUUGUAAUAGAGAAACAUUAAUCUUGAGAGCGAAAGAGAGACUGUUAAACAGUAGCUUUAAUAAUGUACAGAGUUAGAGAGAAACUGAUAAAGAGAAUCUUAAACCUUUUGUGAAUGAUGGAUAAAUUGUAAUAGAGAAACAUUAAUCUUGAGAGCGAAAGAGAGACUGUUAAACAGUAGCUUUAAUAAUGUACAGAGUUAGAGAGAAACUGAUAAAGAGAAUCUUAAACCUUUUGUGAAUGAUGGAUAAAUUGUAAUAGAGAAACAUUAAUCUUGAGAGCGAAAGAGAGACUGUUAAACAGUAGCUUUAAUAAUGUACAGAGUUAGAGAGAAACUGAUAAAGAGAAUCUUAAACCUUUUGUGAAUGAUGGAUAAAUUGUAAUAGAGAAACAUUAAUCUUGAGAGCGAAAGAGAGACUGUUAAACAGUAGCUUUAAUAAUGUACAGAGUUAGAGAGAAACUGAUAAAGAGAAUCUUAAACCUUUUGUGAAUGAUGGAUAAAUUGUAAUAGAGAAACAUUAAUCUUGAGAGCGAAAGAGAGACUGUUAAACAGUAGCUUUAAUAAUGUACAGAGUUAGAGAGAAACUGAUAAAGAGAAUCUUAAACCUUUUGUGAAUGAUGGAUAAAUUGUAAUAGAGAAACAUUAAUCUUGAGAGCGAAAGAGAGACUGUUAAACAGUAGCUUUAAUAAUGUACAGAGUUAGAGAGAAACUGAUAAAGAGAAUCUUAAACCUUUUGUGAAUGAUGGAUAAAUUGUAAUAGAGAAACAUUAAUCUUGAGAGCGAAAGAGAGACUGUUAAACAGUAGCUUUAAUAAUGUACAGAGUUAGAGAGAAACUGAUAAAGAGAAUCUUAAACCUUUUGUGAAUGAUGGAUAAAUUGUAAUAGAGAAACAUUAAUCUUGAGAGCGAAAGAGAGACUGUUAAACAGUAGCUUUA